AGAAAAUGAUCAAAAUAGUCCUUAAUGUAUGGGCUUAGGAUUGCUUUGGUCCCUGAUAUAUACAACUUAUGGAAAUGGUCCUUUAAGUAUAUUAAAAGCUGAUCACUUUAGUCUUGGGCCCUACAAAUCUAACUACACCCAACAAAAAUCUGUCAAACUAACGGAAGCCUCCUCAUGUGCAACCCACGUGAGAUAUCAAAAUUCUAAAACAAAAGCCUUUUGCCUUCUUGAUCAGUUCCAAAAGGUGGAAACUCCCGCCUUCCCAACAAAAACCCUUCUCCAUCUCUUUUGUGGUCUUGUAAAAUCAGUCAACACAAGAGAAGUUUCUCCAUUGUUGAACAAUGUUAAUCAAAAGAAACGACAUAGGAUCAAGCCCAUACUACGGUAAGAAUUUAUUUUGCUUUUAGUUGAAGCAAUACAAAGACCAACCUAUUUGGUACUCAAAAUCUGGGUUGUUACUACUGUUUUCUCCAAUCCUUUUAUCAAAUAAAUUGGUGUUGUUUAAAUAUACAUGUUUUGUAACAUCUACAAUGUGGCUCUGACUUCUUAAAAUAUGUAAUCUUUUAUCUGCAGAUCCUGUGUCUGAGGCGUCUUUUUUCAGUAUCAAAGUUUAUCAUAAAGGAUUGAUGAAACAUCAGCCAACCAAACAGUAUGCUGGUGGUGUCAUUGACUACUUUGAUUAUGUUGAAGUGAAGAAUUUCAAUCUUACUGACUUGAAAAAGAUGGUUGAAUUAUGUGGUCACCGGAAUGAUUCAAUAACAUUUUGGCAUAAAUGCGGGAAGCUUGGUAACAAAUGGAGAUUAGUCUCUACGGAGGUUGAAGCCCAUACCAUGGAAAAAUUCAUCCCCAAAGACAGAGUAAUUGAGUUAUAUUUUGAACAUUUGGACUCUUAUAUUGGAAUAGAUGAUCCAGUUGAGCUUGGUUGCCGAACUAGUCGCAUUCCAGAGAAUGAAGAUGUUGCUGGACCUAUUGACAAAGAGCUCGAAAGGGAAAACAUAUCUUCCAGGGAUGAUUUUAAGGAUUCUGAAAAUGAGUUCUCCGAUGACGACGUGAUGAUUGAUAAACAAGGAUACUACAAACAUAGCUUUGAGGAUGGUAGAGAGCUUAUUAGUGCUGAAAUUCAGAAGCAGAUGUUACACGAAGAUGGGGAUCUUGAUUGCGUGAACUCUGAAGACAACAAGAGUUUGGAUAGUGAUUUCGACAACGAAAGCUUUGAUUUUCCAAAGCACAAUGCAAAGACCGAUGGAAAAAAUCCAGUUUUGGCUUUGGAAUAUACCUUUGAAAGUAAGGAGAAGUUCAAAAAUGCUGUAACAACUCAUGAGGUAAAAGAAGGGAGGUAUAUUAAGUGGAAAAAGAAUGAUAAAGAUAGGAUGAAAGCGAAGUGCAUACACGACGAUUGCAACUGGGUAAUAAUGGCAUCAAGAAUGCACAGGGAUAACACAUUUCAGAUAAAAACUUAUAGGCCCUCACAUAGUUGUCGAAAUUGGCACCAUCAUAACAAGACGAUAACUUCUUCAUUCAUUGCAAGGACCUAUCUUGAUAGAAUUAAACAAAAUAGGGGAUGGAAGAUAUCCGAGUUUAGAGAUACUGUUAGUGUCGAGCUUAAAGCUCAUGUUACUUUAACUCAAGCUAGAACGGCUAUGAAAAAGGCAACUGCAUUACUUGAUGGAAAUCUAAAAGAUCAAUUUGCCAUUCUUUGGGACUAUGUUAAUGAGAUUGACAGGUCAAAUCCAGGCACUUCAAUUUAUAUGAAUUUUACCGACAAUGAGAUGCCUAAUAAGCCAUAUAGAUUUCAAAGAAUCUAUUUAUGUUUUGCUGCUUGUAAAGAGGCAUUUAAGGUUGGAUGUCGCAAAAUAGUGGGUGUAGAUGGGUGUUGGUUGAAGGGCCCAAUGUAUGGGAAUCAGUUAUUAGCAGCAGUGGGUCUCGAUGCUAACAAUAACAUAUUUCCAGUAGCAUAUGCCGUUGUUGAAAAGGAAACCAAGGAGACAUGGUCAUGGUUUUUAAAACACUUGGCUGGUGACUUAGAGAUUGACGAUCAAGAAAGCUGGACCUUUAUGUCUGACAAACAAAAAGGUCUUAUUGAAGCAUUUAAUGAGAUUUUGCCAUAUGUUGGUCAUAGAUUUUGUGUGAGACACCUCCAUAACAAUUUUAAGAAGGCUGGAUUUUUUGGUUUGUCCCUCAAGAUGGCAGUUUGAAUAAUGCGCAAAGGCUACAAGCGUGAAGUUCUUUAAAAUAUGUAUGGAGAAGAUGCAUGAAUU